AUGUCUCUUCUUGGCCGGCCACGCGACCUAGAGCCUCCCACCAACCGUGAUGCAAACACUUGCAGCACUUUGUCAAGCGAUAUGCUAUCGCUUUUUAUUUCUCUCUAUCAUCAAGCUUCAUUUCUUCACCAAUUCCCACACAACUGCAUCUUCCCCAUUAUCUACUUUUUCUCUCUUUUAACUUCAAUGCAUUUUUUCUUUUCAAAUAAAAUUAUAUUUUCUUUCUUUUGUUCUCUUUCUUUCUUGCUUUUUCUUUCUUUCUUUUAUUUUUACUCUCUUCUUUUCUUUUUUCUUUCUUUCGGCUACAUUUCCUAUUUUAGUGAUAAUCCUCCUUACCUUCUUUCUUUCUUCACUUGCCUCUUCUUUCUUUCUUUCUUUCUUUCUUUCUUUCUUUCUUUCUUUCUUUCUUUCCACACUUGCCUUCUCUCCUUUCUUUUCCUAAUUGCGUCUUCUUUUUUCUUUUCUCACUUGCCGUCUCUUCUUUCUUUCUUUCUUUCUUUCUUUCUUUCUUUCUUUCUUUCUUUCUUUCUUUUCUCAUUUGCCUCUUCUUCUUCUUUCUUUCUUUCUUUCUUUUCUCAUUUGCCUCUUCUUCUACUUUUUCUUCUUUUUUUUCUUUCUUUCUUUCUUUCCACACUUGCCUCCUCCUUUCUUUUCUCAUAUGCCUCUUCUUUUUUUUCAUCACUCGUCUCUUCAUUCUUUCUCGAAGCUUCAUCUCUUUAUUCUUCUCACUUUUCCUUAUCUUUUAUUUUUAGCCCAAUCCGGCUCAAUGCCACGAUGAAGUUGAUCACACCCGCUUCAAUCGUACAGCUGCUGCGUGCACUUAACGAUUUUGCCCCGAUGUCACGCUAA